AUGGAGGCAUUGCCGGCGAGCUCCUGGGGUGUGACGCUUUGCUUCAAGGACCCCCAGCUCGAGGCCGAUUUCUGCCACGACCAUGCCCGCCAACACCGCAGGGAAGAUGCCAUGGGAUCCUUCCUCGUUGCAAUACUCCUCUAUGUAAUGAUAGUCCUGACGAAGACUGCCAUGACGGACCAGGAAUGGUCCAUGCCCAUGGAUGAGCUUCGACCCAUGGGCAUCUUCGCCACAGUCGAGGCCCUUCCCGGGCUGCUGGCUGUCCUGCUCCCCAGCCAGACCUACCUGCGCCAUCGUACCAGGAUCCACCAGGCAAGUCUCCUGGCCACGGCCGCCUUCCUGCCCUUCCACGGCUAUCGCCGCUCUCCAGACUUCAUCUCCGGGGAGGAGGACCCUGUCCGGGCGGCCAGGCGCGCCGCUUCACGCUUGGCGGGCAACUCCCGCUUUGUGUUCAUGGUGUUCGAGCUCCUUGGGCGCCAGCUCCUCCUGCGCCACCGCCUCCCUUUCCUGCUGCCCUGGGUCCUGGUGGUGCUCCAAUGCAACAUGGACGUUUGCAGGGCGCGGCCCUUCACAGCCGCCAGUGGCGUGGCAAUCCACGAAGCGCACGCUGUCAUUGUCCGCGUGGCAAACACCGGGCUGGGAGAGUGGCCCCUCGGGCCAGCGAGGUCGCCGACUCAGGCGUGCGCAGUGGUGACAAACUGGUGGUACCUGGUCAUGGGGCUGGUCUUCCCCAACAUCGUCCUCUACACCAUGGAAGUGCGCGAUCGCUCAAGAUAUCUGGUGGAGCGCGGCCUGCCCCCGCCCAGGCUCAAGCUGAGCAAGGGUUUGGCGGACAACUUCCUGCUCUUGCCCUCCGUCCUAGGCGGGAUGUGGCUGCUGGCAAAUGCGCUCGCCGCCGUGCCGCCAAACCGGCUGAGCGCCCUCCCUGCACGCUGGAACGCCUAUCUCAUGCAAACCAGGGCCCCGGAGACCACAUGGUGA